AUGGACGAUCACGACAUGUCUGAAGAAGAUGAAAGUUUUUACUCCGAUGCUCAUUCGUAUCGAGAAGAGCAUGAUAUUCUCCAUGAGCACGAUGAAGGGGACAAUGACGAAGAAGAAGACUACGGUAUGACCAGUACUGAUAAUGGUGAUGGUAUUGAUGACGACGAAGAUGAAAGUGAUGGAGAAAAUGAAAGCCAUGAUGGCGACGAUGAACAUAACGAUGACCAUGUUAGUGGAAGAUACGCCAACUUACAAUCAGCCUUAGAUAGAAUUAGCCAAUUAAGAGCUGACGCUCAAGGAAACCCUGACACACCAAACAAUAGCCAAUUUGGUAUGUUCCCAGAAUUGCUUUCCAUGUUAAGAGAAGGCGGAAUCAGUAAUUUGAAUGGGGGAGGUGCGGAUGAGGAAAAAUCAAGACUUGAUAAGCUGAUUGAGAACGUUACUAAUGCUAACGAUGAUCCAUAUUUUGCCAUGGAAAGCUUGAGAGAAAUAUCAGAGAAUUUACUAAUGACCAACCAAUUUGUAUUGGAUAGGACAUUGUCCGUGAAGAAAUUAUUAAGAAGUAUCAUAGGUGUGUUAGACAGCCCCAUUCUACAAGGUGAAUUAGAACUGCAAAUGCAGGCUUGCAGAUGUCUUUAUAAUCUGUUUGAAAUCAAUCCCGAUACAGUUAGCAUGGCUGUCCACCAAGAUAUUAUCCCAAUUCUGCAAAAUAAACUACUGGAAAUUAACUUUAUAGAUUUGGCAGAACAAGUUCUAGAGACCUUAGAAUUUAUUUCAAGAGUUCAUGGUAGAGAUAUUCUACUUUCGGGAAAGCUAUCUCAUUAUAUUCAGUAUUUCGAUUUCUUCACUAUCCAUGCUCAAAGGAAAGCCAUUGCCAUCGUUUCAAAUGCUUGCUGCCGUGUCAAAUUGAAUGAUUUCCCUACAGUUCAGGACGUAUUCUUGUCGUUAAACAAUAUUUUCGUCAAUACAGCGGAUGAGGAUAUUAUAACUAAAAUUCUAAAUAUAGUCUAUGCUGCAGCCGGGCAAUUCACGAAGGAUUCAAUGUUAGAUGAUUUAUUUACAGAGAAUAUCUUGAACCACUUGAUCCAAAUGAUAUCUGGUACUGAUACAACUCUCCAGAACAAAUUGAAAUGUAUAGAUAUUUUAUCUCAAUCGGCGUUAGUUAGUGGGAAACUAGCAAGAGCACUUAUUGAAGUUCAAGAUCUUUGUCCCAUGUUUGAAAAUUGUUUCAAUGAAUACAAGAAAACACCUAAUACCCCAUUGCAUGAGAUUUUAAUGUUUGUUCCUAAAAGCUUAUUAAAAAGUGUAGCCAGAUUACUGGUGUCAUUGUUCCCAGCUGAAAAAGAUCAAGUAUUGUCUGAAUGUGAUCAUAAAAAGAUAAUACCCUUAGAUAACGAAGAAAAACUGAACCUACUUCUGAAGAAUACGACUCCUUUGCUGGUUGAAAUCUAUAUCAAUACGGUUGAUUUCGAUGUUAGAAGAUAUGUUCUAAUCGCGUUGGCGAGAGUUGUUUCAUGUAUGAAUAAAUCCACGGCCGCUGAUGUCUGUAAAUAUCUCGUUAGGCUAAUUGGCUCAGUUUUAGCACAAGUUGAACCGUCCUUAAGGAACGAUGAAUCCAACUCUAUUGAGAUAAAUAGUUCAUUAAUAGGAGUUGUUUCUAUUUUACAAAUAGUUGUUACCGAUUUUUCUGACAUCUAUCUAUCACAAGUUAAAAGAGAAGGUGUCGUUGAAUUGGUCAAUAAAAUUGCCAACCAUUUUAGAAAGAUUAAUAAUUGUACAGAUGAGAAUUCAAGAACAAGUGUUAAUGACCAUGAUAUAGAAAGUGCCGGCGAAAUACCUCCUAAGGAAAAUCUUGAUGGUAGGGGACAUUCUGAGAGCGAAGAGGAUGGAGAUGGCGAAGAAGAAGAAGAAGAAGAUGAUGAAUAUGAUCAUCAUGGAUUCGGUUUGGGAUUCAGUGAUGGAGAUAUUCCAGAUUCCGUUAAACCAAAGAAAUUGAAAUUCAACAUCUGUAAAAAAUUAGCACUCAAUAAUCUCGAAGCUAAGACAUGCCAAAUAACGGAAGAUUUAUUAUCUAUUUUUGGUACCGCUCAAAAGGUCCAACUGAAUGAGUUGAAAGAUAUUGAAAAGUUAGUCACUGAACUUCAUUCAUUAGAUAUACACUUUAAUUGUACUAAAGACGAAGAUUGGCUCCAGUUUUGGACAACGUUACAAAAUCAUAUUUUCUGUGGGAGUUUCGAACUUUCUGGAUUUGAGCUAGUUUCAACAGGCCUGGCCUCAGCUUUGUCUGAGUUUUUAAGUAGAUAUGAGGAUUGGUUAAGUGUGUCUCAUAGAGCUUUCAACAAAGUAUUUGGAGAAAAUAAUUUCAAGAAGUUCGUUGGAAUUUUGCAUGCAGCUUUGAACAGAGUGGAAUCAUUUAAUAUUUUAGAAUGUGGUUUACAAGGAGAAGAAAGUGGUGUUGCAUCAUUAAGUAAACAAAUACGGAUUACCUUACAAUAUGAAGGACCUGUUAUAAACGGCCUUGACUCUUCGUUUACUUCUCCAACAGUUUCGAUACAUAGUAUCUCUUCAUUUGCUACCCUGAAUGAAUUCCUAAGACAUCGUUUUGCGAGAGCACAAUUUUUGAAUACAAUCAUUCCGAAUGUGGCCAAUUCUGAAGAAGCCACUUCUUCUACAAAUGACUUUGAAGGUCUUAAAAACUUGAGUUUUGAAUUCAGUUAUAAUAAUGCAGACAUAGCGAUGACGGAUACUAUCUUUGGGGCAAUUGCUAAAGGGUUGAAGAAAGAAAACAAAGACAUUGCAGAUAUGUGGAAACAGGCGCCAAGUAUUAUAUAUAGAAAAAACGAAACAGCAAGUUCAGUAUCAAGGUCAGAGGAAGAAGAAGAAGGACGGGAACAAGAGAGAUGUUUAGCAAUAAUAUAUUCUGAUAGAACUAUGGUUGACUCCAAAUCUACUGAAUUAAAAUCGUCUCAUCAUGUGUUAACACUAUUGAAGUUUGCCAAACAAGACAACUCCGAACAUGAUAUUUUCAUUAAUUCGAAAAUUAGUGCCAAGUUAUCAAGACAAUUAGAUGAGCCAUUAAUUGUAGCUAGUGGAAUAUUACCAGAUUGGACAUUACAAUUGACUAGAGAAUAUUCCUUUCUUUUCCCAAUUUCGACAAGGCUAUUAUUCUUACGUUGUACGUCUUUUGGUUACGCAAGAUUAAUUGAAUUUUGGAAACAUAGAAAUGAUGGCUCCAAAAAUAUAAACAAUGACGAGCAACUACAAUUGUUAGGAAGAACUGUCAGACAUAAAUUAAGGAUUUCAAGAAAUACAAUAUUCUUGACAGGUUUAAAGAUUUUAAGUAAAUACGGCUCCUCCCCAAGCAUUCUAGAGAUUGAAUAUCAGGAUGAGAUUGGUACUGGUUUAGGUCCAACAUUGGAAUUUUAUGCCACUUUAUCUAAAGAAUUUGCCAAGAAACCUUUGAAAAUGUGGCGUACCGAUGAUUAUGCUUCUAAAGUUGAAGAACAGGGAGACGAUACGGAUUAUAUUUCAGAGCUUUUAUUCCCUGCACCAAUAGAUUUAAAGGCUGACAAUGCCAAAUUACUUGAGCUUUUUGAAUUUUUAGGUACAUUUAUUGGGAGAUCGAUGCUCGAUUCAAGAAUUCUUGAUUUCAGAUUUAAUAAACUUUUCUUUGAAUUUACGCAUAAGAGAUAUAGGAAGAUGGAUUUGGUAGACACAUGUAAUGAUUUUGAAAGUCUAUGCACUAAACUUUCACUUGUUGACGCACAACUGUCACGAUCUCUGCACUAUCUCUAUGAAAAUAAAGGUGAUGAUGAUAAGAUUAGUUCAUUGACCUUAACAUUUGUGUUACCAGGAACUGACAUUGAAUUGAUUGAAAACGGAGCAAACAUCCUUGUUAAUAGCAUUAAUGUUGAAGAUUUCAUCGCGAAAGUUCUUUCUUAUGUAUUAGAUACUGGGAUAGUGCAACAAUUAGAUGCAUUCAUAAAGGGAUUCUCUAAAGUAUUCCCCUACGUUGGUCUUUUGUCGCUAAUGCCAGACGAAUUAGUUGAAUUAUUCGGUCGUGUUGAAGAAGAUUGGUCUCCCAAAACUUUAUAUAGUUGUAUUAGUGCAGAUCAUGGAUAUACCAUUGAUUCACCAACGAUACAUGAGUUGAUUGCAAUAAUGGCAGAUUUUGAUGGGCAAGAAAGAAGACUUUUUACACAAUUUUUGACUGGUUCACCUAAGUUACCUAUUGGAGGGUUCCGUGGUUUAAAGCCUAAGUUCACAGUUGUUUUGAAACAUGCGGAAUAUGAUUUAACCCCGGAUCAAUAUCUACCAAGUGUUAUGACCUGUGCAAAUUAUUUGAAACUACCUAAAUAUAGCGACCAACAAAUAAUGCGCUCGAGGCUAAAACAGGCAAUGGAAGAAGGUUCUGGGGCAUUCUUAUUAUCGUAG